CUUUCACCGACAAACAAAAGGAAUCACUACACCUACCCAUAGUUCAUCAUGGGUCUCCGAUGGCACCAUCAUUUAAAAUCCACAGACAACACCUCCACUACAAAAGAGCUCGUCUAUCGACCAAAGUCCGGAUCAGCAACCACCGCUCCAGACCCCGAAGACGUUGAAGCCGAAGGAAACAUGCCCCUUUCCCCCGUCAACAAAAGAUAAAUGCCCAAUCUGCCUCGAGGAGACGAAGCCCGAGAAAGUGAUAGAGAAGCUGUCCUGCUGCAAGAAAACACUCCGCCUAACCUGACUCACAACCUGAACAAGAACAAUCUCACGACCCUAUACCCUCCUAUCCUGCCCUAUAUGCCGUGGCCAGCUCCCGCGUACAACCAACAACACCAGAAUCAGCUUCCUGGAAAUCUUGCGUCGAGACGAGAGGAGAACCAGUACCUGGCUUUGAAGACAUGAUUGUCCCUAUGACCCAGCACCAGGGAGAAGAUUUGGGGGAGUGGGAGAUGUGUAUCACAAGAGGAUGUCUGAAUGGCACGGGCAAUGGGUAUCUACGAGGGCGUAUGGCUAAAUGGGUAGACCAUGCUGGGGAUUUAUAUCUAUCUUGUUGUCAUCGAAAAGGAGGAGAGGAAGUGGAGGUGGAUGGGGCUGAGGGCUGGUUUGUACUGAAGGUGGUUGGUAGGGGAUGGAGACUUCUGUGUUCUUGCUUGUUGAGACGAG